AAUCAAAAUGGCGACGAUGGAUGAACCUUUGACACUUGAGAGAGAUGUGACAAGAGCUGUAGAACUACUGGAUGUUUUGCAAAGAAGUGGUGAGUUCCCAGCGGCUAAACUUCAAGCCUUACAGAAGAUUCUCCAGAGUGAAUUUCUAACAGCUGUAAGGGAGGUUUAUGAGAAUGUUUAUGAGACUGUAGAUAUUUCAGGCAGUCCAGAGAUCAGAGCUAAUGCUACAGCUAAGGCAACAGUAGCUGCCUUUGCUGCUAGUGAGGGGCAUGCUCACCCUAGAGUUGUAGAACUCCCCAAGACAGAGGAGGGGUUGGGAUUUAAUGUAAUGGGGGGUAAAGAACAGAACUCUCCUAUCUAUAUUUCCCGUAUUAUACCGGACGGGGUGGCUGAUAGAGCUAAAACUCUAAAACGUGGUGACCAGCUUCUGUCUGUUGAUGGAGUCAGUGUAGAGGGAGAGAACCAUGAGAGAGCUGUAGAAUUGUUAAAACAAUCACAUGGAAUGGUGAGACUGGUAGUUCGUUAUACACCAAAAGUUUUGGAAGAAAUGGAAUCCAGAUUCGACAAGCAACGUGCUGCCAGACGCAGGCAGACACCUUAAGUCUGAUGGACUAGGCCCCUGAACCCUGUUUCACAAAAAAUCUUAUAAGAUUUGUUACAGUGACAAAUGCCAUAUUUAUGAUAAAAUUAAUGGUAAGAUUUAUUUGUAAAACAGGGCCCCCGUUUCUUUCAAAUCCUGCAAUCAAUUUAUUGUUAGUUUCAUAUUGACACACUUCUUACAUAUUUUGAUACGAAUUUUUUGAGAAAUGGGGUAAGGGUCUUACGUAGAAACUUAAUUAAGAUGUAUUUUUCAUACCUUCUGCUUUAACUAUAUAAUUCUAUUGAAUAAUUCUUAGUGUUUAUUGAUUGAGUCAUAGUUUAAGUUGUUACACCUUUUUAGGGACCAAGCUGGCUUUUGGUAUUUUUCCUAUCAUUAUUCAAACCAUUACAGCUUGUUUUGAAUUAUAUCUUCAUAAUGUCAAGCUAUUACGAACUAUGUAUUAUACCUUGACUGCAAUAGCCACCUUUCUUGUAUCAUUAGGGUCCUAAGCCAUCUUCACAAUGUCAAGCUAUUACAAACUUCGUCUUCACAGUGUCAAGCUAUUACAAACUACAUCUUCACAAUGUCAAGCUAUUACAAACUUUGUACUUAUACCUUGACAGCAAUUUGACACUUUUCUUGUAUCACAGAAGUUUGUAAAUGAAGCGAUUUGAUUGGAGUCGUUUUUGUCAAUGUUUCAAAGUAGUUAUUGAGUUGCAUUUGAUUUACAUAAUUAGACUGGGAUUCAUAAUACAAAUACAGCUGUAGCUAAUAUUAAGCUCCGUUAUCAAAAACCAAUAUCUCCUGGGAACCGAAACCAAGCUUUGUUGUUGAUUAUCUUAUGUAAUACUUGUGAGAUGUAUAUAUAUAUAUAUUUUAAAACCUAAUUUAAAUAAUGAUGCUGUAAUGUUUAAUGUUUUUGUAGUUGGAAACUUCACACCUGCUUAUUACAUGUUACUUACCUUGAAGGUUUUUUAACAGUCCUCUGAUACAGGCUUUUACAAUUUCUUCUUUAUACUGAAUGUUAUAUCAUUAGAUCAUUUAAACUUUUUAUUUACUAUAAUUAUCCAUAUAUUGUUUAUAUUCUAGAAAAUGUAUUUGUGCUCUUGAUACCAUUCACGAGCGGUCUUGGUGGGGGACUUUUGUCGCCAAUUAGAGUCUUGUCUAUGAGUUUCAACGACUGGCGCAGACACACGAGGAGUCAAAAAUCACCAGUCAGUAGUUUUCCCACAAUAAUCACGUGAGGAGCAUGAAAGGAAAAUGAAUCUGAAUCAAAGACAAUUAUCAAACUUAUUUGAUAUUUUAAAUCCUGUCACCGACUCGAUAAUCUUAUCGCGCAAGCACGGGAACACGCGAGAUUCUACUCAAGAUUCUAGUCGCCGACCAAGACCGCUCAUGUGCCCGUACCUUUAAACAUUUAAAUUGAUAACAGUAUAAUCUUUCCUCUAUUAGUUUAUCUACUCUAUAUUAUUAUAGCUUAUUUCAUAUCAAUAAAUAACUAAUCAACCUAGGUCUUUAUAGUCUUGUGCAGCAACACUUGUCUCGAGGGCUUCCAAAGACUGCCCGUUUUACUGAAAUAUACUGUCGGCGUCUCUUGCCUUUUUGGGAACAGAAAAUAAGUACAUUGUAUGUGAAACGUCAAUCCAUUAUAUCAUAAUCCUUGCAAAUUGUUUAUCAAUAUACAUUGAUUUCCAAAUGGUAGAGGGGGCAGGAAACCCUUGUGUCGUCAUCCCUUACCCAUAUUAGAUUGCGACCCAACACAUCCCCCUCCCUUCUGUCUCAAUACUGCUUCCUCAAACCGUCUUCUUCGACGAAAUUUGAUAUUGGCGACUCCUGCCCAUUAUAGACAGUUUG